UCCUCCUCCUCAGCUCACCAACAUGUGUUCAAUGUAUUCAUAGUUUAUCUUGGUAUCUCAAACUUUGACUUGUUACUGUGUCUGAUUUUUUGGUCCCAAUCAUUUUGUCCUGUCCCACCCCCACUGUCUGGUGUUUUCCAUCCUCACACUGACUUGAUGUUAUCUCUCUGUUACUAUCACUCAUUCUCUUCUUGCCCGUCUCUAUGAUAUCUGGAGGUUCAGUCUUUUGUUCCAGCUUUUUGUUUCCAAGGUGUCCACGAAAACCCAAUCAGAUCUAUUCCCCUACACCAGUAUAAGAUGAUAUUGAGAUUUUUAUGCUCAGAGAACUGACACAAUACAUUGGAACUGGUACACAUAAAGAUCUUCUCAUGCAUCAUUAAAAAAGCAGCAAAAAUGCAGUGGUGAUCUAACAAGGUUUAGGGUAGAGGAAUCGCAGGCAUCUGUGAUUGGCUCCUCCUGAAAUCCACAUUCCCGCAUUGGGGAUCCCUUGCCUAAAAAGUGCACUGGCAGAAAGCACAAGCUGGAUCUUUUGUUCCCCAGAAAGGGCCUCAAGAGAACUGUGAUGAGAGGGAGGGGAGGGGGACCUGGGAGCUGCUGGUUCAGUGCACACACACUCACACACUCACACUGAUGGCUCUCUAGGAGCAAGGGGGAUGCUGGCAAUUUUUAAUGCAUGCUCAAGAUGAUGCAAACGUGUCCCCAAUUGUCCCAAUGAGGAGUGACUGAACCCCCCUGGCUGUCUGGCUUUCUUUGUGCGUCUGCUCUCUCCACUCUGCUCUUGCCUUACAGCAUUCUCCUGUUUUUUGGAAACACUACAAAGUGAACCUAUGGCUUGGGGAGGCUGUGCGUGGUCCUUUGGAUUUACAGUAGGACUGAUUAUAUCUCUCCUGGGUUACUGUGACUCAGUGGAGUUGGUGUUCACAGUGGAACCCAGUGAUGAAGUUGCUGUACCAGGACAGCCUUUGACUCUUUUCUGCUCGGCAGAUGGGGUGCAACCAAUCACCAUCACAUGGAGGAAGAAUGGCUCUCCCAUUUGGAACAAGGCCCAUGCAUUGCCUUUGCCUAAUGGCACACUGUACAUUCCACUCUUUCACUCGGUGCAUGAAGAUGAACCCUCUGACCAAGGAGAAUAUGACUGUGUGGCACAGAAUCGCUUUGGGUCAGUAGUAAGCCGCAAGGCUAAAGUACAGACAGCAGUCAUGUCUGAUUUCUACAUCUUCCCGCAAGAUACGACUUUAGAAGAAGGUGGCGUAGCUAGAUUUCAAUGCCAGAUCCAUGGGCUACCAGAACCAGAAAUUGUAUGGGAACGUAAUGGAGAGAUUAUUGAUACAUGGAACCUCAGGUACACCCUACUGCCAACCGGUGUCCUACAGAUAACUGCGAUACGUGCUGAAGAUGCCGGUACAUACCGAUGUGUGGCCACCAAUGCAGCAGGCGUGAAGUACAGUCCUUCCGCAACCCUGAAAGUCACAGAUGUCCAUUCCACUGGUUACAAAGACCCAAUGAUCCUGGUUGGCCCCGAGAACCUCACUAAGACAAUUCAUCAAACAGCAAUCCUUGAGUGUAUGGCCACGGGAAACCCCCGUCCUAUUGUAUCCUGGAGCCGACUUGAUGGACGCCCAAUUGGCGUGGAAGGUAUACAGGUGGUAGGGAAUGGGAACCUCAUGAUUUCAGACUUGACUGUUCAUCACUCUGGGGUUUAUGUGUGUGCUGCAAACAAACCUGGAACUAGAGUGCGCCGGACAGCACAAGGACGACUGGUGGUGCAAGCUCCAGCUGAAUUUGUCCAGCACCCACAGUCAAUAACUCGGCCUGUUGGUACCACCGCCAUUUUCACUUGUUUGGCACAGGGUGAACCACCCCCUCAGAUCACCUGGUUGAAGAACGGUCAGGAAUUGGAACCCAGUGGACACAUCAAGUUAAAAAACAACAACAGCUCUCUGGCCAUUUCUGGAAUAAGUCAAGAAGAUGAGGCUAUCUACCAAUGUGUAGCACAGAACAGUGCUGGUUCCAGCCAAGCUAGUGCCCGUCUGUCUGUGCUCUGGGCAGAGGGCUUGCCAGGCCCACCCCAAGACAUCAGAGCCACCACUGUCUCAUCCACUUCCAUCCAAGUGUCCUGGAGUGAACCACUGGAUAACACAAAGGAAAUCAUUGGCUAUGUGGUGCACCUUCAGAAAACUGCAGACCCUGUACAAAUGGAAUAUCAAGAGGCAGUGAGCAAGGACACUUUCCAGCAACUGGUGACAGACCUUGAACCUUCCACUACUUAUAGUUUUUACAUAAAAGCUUAUACCUCCAGAGGUGCCAGCAAAGCAUCCAUUAGUGUACAUCAAAGCACCUUGGGAGAAGUUCCUGCUGUACCAUCCCUGUACAUUAAGGUCUUGAACAGUACAGCCAUCCAGGCCGCAUGGGAACCAUCAAUAAAACUGGGCCAGAAUGAGGGCUUUAAAUUGUAUUACCGCAAGGUACCAACACCAAAUUACACUGGCCCCAUGCUCCUGCCCAGCAAUAUCACAGCUUAUAACAUCUGUAGGCUUGACCCCUUAGUGGUUUAUGAGGUGAAGCUUCUGGCAUUCAACCAACAUGGAGAUGGCAAUUCUACUGUACGCUUUGUGUCCUUAAAGGAAGCAUCAGCACGGGCAGUAUUAAACCCAUCCUGUAACUGCGUGAGUGACGAACAGAGGCCGAAAUCCUCUACUACUGGUAUCAUCAUUGGUAUUCACAUUGGAGUGACCUGUAUUAUCUUCUGUGUGCUCUUCCUAAUCUUCAGCUAUCGUGGGAGGCUCAUGAAGUGUAAAUCUGUGCAAGAACAGCGCUCUGUCCCACAGCCAACCAGUGCUGAAAGUGGAAGGACUACGGAUGGAGCCAGUCAAAAUGGCACUCUUCUGAGGGUUUAUGAGGCACCAGGUUCUAAGGAGAAAGUAAGCGAUCUCAAUGAGAUGGAACAUCUUUUUCCUCAUGCAUCUCCACACCAAGAUGGCAGUACUUUGUGUCCCCCAGUUAGCCCACCCACUGUGGAUGAGACACUGGUGUCCACAAUCACGCCGGAUGAAGUCCAGUUUUCUGAGGAAGACCCUCCUGGACCCCAGACUCCAAACCUUCCGCCAAUAAAAAGAGACUGAUCUUAUUUGACUUCCCUCUGAAUCAGAACUCACCCAAAAUCCUCGCUGCUUUAGCCAGCCUGAUCUGGCAGAGCUUUUUACUCAAUCUCAGGUCUCCAUUUUCUAAACCCAGCAGCCCCUGGCAUCUUUUUGAUAGAGUUUUGUACUUUUUUUUCUAUGUGAGAACUUAGCACUUAUGGACUGUUGUUCUUAAAAAGACAUUAAGCAGCCAUUUUUUUCGUCAACCACCACAUAUAAUUUACCUGCUUUAAGCCCUUUGGUUGCAGGGCUGAAGGACAUUUUUGGGAAUGUUUUAUGUUGCGACUGGUUUAUAAUUACAUUUAUUAGAGAUGAUUGUUAUGGCCUUUGGGAUACUCCAGUAAGGUCUGCUGCUCUCUAAGUUUGGUCACCUAUUCAUUUUGUAAUUCCUUGACUGUUAAGGAAGAGAAGAAUGAAGGAUAAAAAGAAUAACAUGAAGUCCAUACAGAGGUCAUUCUCCAAAACUACCUCAACCGGGAUGAAUGUUUUCAAGUACGAUCUGCUUCUUUUUCCUGUCUGCCUAGUAGACGGCCAGUACAGACACCUGCCCUACAGUGGGCUUCUGGUAUUUAGGAUUUUUGUUUAUUUUUAUUUUUGGGAUUCCAGGGAGAAUACAGCAAAACAUUAGCUCGAAUUUGGUAGAAGGGUGCAUCUAAUGAAAAAUAAGGAAUGCAAAAAUAAGGUAUAUUCUGCGUUGUACAGUAAGAGUGAAAAAGUAGCGGUGAAACCAUCACCAAUCCUUGAUAACAAUGUGAAAUGUGUUUGUUUUUUGCACUGGAAAUACAGAGCUGGUGCCAUUUUAUUGCCCAGUGUGUUGAGAUACAUGCUUUCUGCUCCAUUUUCUUAAUAUAGUAGUACACAAGGCUGCACAUGCCAGGAGAGUUCAAAGACAUAGUAGUGACAUAGUUCCCAUAUUGUAUAAUGCCUAGUUAAUACAAGGAGAGUCGUAGCACUACCUGUAACUGACUUUAAAAAAAAUCUCAUUGUUUCCUGUUGGGACCUAACUGAUUACAUGCCCCAGAGCAAACAAUGAACAUAAGGAUUUAAUUGUUAGGACCCUCCCAAAAAUAUGUAUUACAUAUACUGAAUUUAGUAUGAAGUUGUAAGCUACAAACAAAAGUCAUUUUCAUAGUCUAUUAUUCCAUCUUAAUUAUCCCCAUGCAUUGAUUGCAUUUUAUCUUAUAAUAUCAGCCUGUGCGCAUCAUCCCACAUAAUGAAUUGUACUUAACUAGAAAACAAGGAUUUGAUAAGAUUUUGAUAGUAGCAGAUAGAAGCAGAAUUGAAAGUAGUGUAUCUCAGCACAAAUUUGAAUACAGGAUACUAUACCCUUUAUAUGAGAUUAAGCCUGUAGUUAUAUUUGAAAGACAUUAUAGUAGGAGGGCAUUGAUUUUUCUGUGCAUAGGCAUUCCAUUAUUGCGCCAGCAGUAGAAUACUUUCCACUCAUAAAGGCAAUUAUGAUGAAUGUUUAUUUUUUGCACAUAAAAAGCUAUGCCUGCAUAUUUAUCUUUAGGAUAUAAUGCCUAUUGGAGGGUAUAAUUUCCUUUAACAGGGCUAUUAUGCAAAUGACACUGCAGCAAAUUAAAAUACAGCCCUUUUCUGCUACUUUAGAAAUCAGUUAUUUACACAUUUCCGUAGUGUAACUAUACUAUUUGUAAUAUUAUAUCAUUCAGUUUGAACAAUGCAAAAAUGUGUGAAUAGUCCUUGCAGGUUGUCUCUGCGCACUUUGCCUACUAUACUAUGCACUGGGUGUGCUAUGGAUUGAUUAACCUGUAUUAUACUGCGUAGUAUUUCAGAUUAUUACUCCUAGAAAGAGAUUAUUAUAUCGUAGUGCGCUGAUGUUUUGCAAAUUUGUAUAUUCAGAGGCAAAAAAAAUGUCUACUUUAUGCUUUUUUUUAGAAAUACAUCUCUGCAUUUUCCAGUGAUAUAAAAUGUCAGAGGAAAAUGGCUGUUUGGAAUAUUUUGGUUUUCUAUACCAAGAGAUUGCUAUAUUACUCUUUUUUUGUCUUAAAAAAAAAAAUCAAACAUUUCUGCUGUAAGCGGUAUAUUCAUCAAAUGGUGGCAUUGGCAUCAAUAGCCAGUUGUAGAAUUCUAGGGAACAUCACAUUGCAGAACAUUAAAACAAUAUGAAAAAGUACAUUUCAUUUCAGCAAUGUAAGAUUAAUUUAUAGGGAGCUGGAAGUUAAAAAGCAGCUGUAGGUUUUCAGGUUGGGCACCCACAGCAAAUGAAGACAUGUUUUGCAUUACUUGGGACUCCAUCUCUAUUGUUUAAUGUAAAUUGUGAAAUGCCCAGAUCAUUGAGCAGUGUUGGUAACAUGUAUGAGGGGUUUAUUACACUCAGAAAUCUGGUCUUUCAGCAGUUUCUCAGAGGGACCAGUGGGGUAACUAGCAACAAAUGGGCCCAGCAUGCACCAACAAAAUUCCCUGCACCCAGAAUACCACUACUCGUGGCUAAGGCAGGCCCCAAGCAGGCCCCGUUGUGAUUGAACUCCCUGCACCCCUGGUAGUUACGCUGCUGAGAGUGACUUAUUCAUGCACAACCAGUAUAUCCCAUCCACAGAGACUGCUUCACCUUAUCAUAAGUCAAACAUUUGGCUAGUUAUGUCCAGUGUGAUCACACUGGGUUCAAAAUGAACCAAAAUUCCAGGUAAAAUAGGCUUGGAAUUGAAUAGAUUGUAUGUAACCCAAGUAUGAGGUUACUGGCCUAAUUGGUUUGUAUGGGUCCCCUUACUGAUCUUAAACAAUAGGUUGUCCAUCGUAGUCAUAAACAUUACCAUAUCAGCUGGAGUAGUCUGCUUUUAUUCACAUCUUAAGCCUAGUAGCCAAUAUCAACCAAACUAAAUGUUUACCUGUGCACAGAUUUUAAAAGAACCCAAGAACCAACUGGAAUGUGCUUGAAAUAGAAUAGACUCCAAAUGUAAGUGUUGGUUAGUUUCCUCAACCCAAGUAUGAGGUCGUUGGCUGAAUGGCUAUCAUGGGGCACCGUACUGCUCUGCUCCUUUAGAUAACUACCCAAAUAAUUUACCUGUGCAGAUCUGCAACCAUAUUUGCCACAAGUCUAUUCAUUCAGCUACGGGGUCAUAUAGCCAGAUCUCACCUUCCAGGCAUGGCCUGCAUAACUGCCAAAUCCAAAAGAAUUAUGGGUGAUGUUGGUCACUACUCACUUAAAGAUAUCACUGAGGAAGAUGAGAUCCCUUUAACCAGUAAAAAAUGCGAGAUAUGAUGGCACCACUUGAUGAAUGUACUUUGAUGUGAUUUCUAGAUUCUAGAAGAAGCAUGCUUUGAGCAGUAAGUACAGUUCAGUAAGGAACAUUUCCUUAUACUAGCUCCUCACAAAUAAUGUUUUUUGAAUGCAAAGGUCUUUUUUUUUCCUUUUCAUUAUGUUAGUUAAAUGUGAUGCACAUCCAAACUUUGAACACAAACUGCUACCUCAUUUUGUUUUCUUUUUUUUUUUUUUGCUUUGAUAAAUAGGAGAUUGCGGAUGUGCAAUCUCAGAGUGUGUCUGAUGCCUAUUCUGUCAUACUUCUCAGUCAGAGGAGAAAUAACUGGUGGUGCAUAUAUUUUAUUUUUUUUUCUCCCUGGCACCAGGUCAAGAUUUUCUGAAUGGAGAUUGCCUUCAGUGGAAUCCAGAACAUGCCAUCUGCCAUAAUAAUGAUAACAUAAAGGUGCUCUUUUGUGCCCUCGUUGGGUUGGCUCAACUCUAGUUGCAGAUGAAUAUUCCUAAAGAAAUACUCAGUGAUGUGAUGUUUAAUCAUUGCUGUGUAUGGACAAUGAACUACUAUAGCACUUAUGUACAUAUGGUCUGCCCAAAGCCUUUGGACUGAAACACUAUAGCAACAAUGGCACAAUAUAAUACUCCAUGCAGGCCCGGACUGGCAAUCUGUGAGUUCUGGCAAAUGCCAGAGGGGCUGCUAUAAGGUCCCAUAG